AUGAUACCUCGCUUCGUUCACAAACAGUACAAGAUUAGCAGACACGAGGCGAGAGGUGGAGACUCAAGGUCAGCGGACACUCAAGAUCAGAGGAGACUGAAGACCAGAGAGAUAAUGAGAGAAGCCAGAGAUCAGCACUAUACCUCUGCGUUCAAAGGCAGCGUGGCGGUGAGUGGCCUGGUCGAGCUGCAAGGAAAUAGUUGUACCAAUUUGUCCCAAUUUCCCUCGUCUCAAGAUGAGACAUGGAAAAGAUGGCCCAGCGAUGCAGGCCGAGACACGCUGCACUGGACCGGCAGCUGGGAGCUGGCAACGAGCAUAGGCGUAUGUAUGGCACGACAAAUGCUUCCAUGGCUGUCGAGCCAUGGUAUGAGAUGGGAUAGGAUGGGAUGGGAUGGGAUAGGAUGUGGUGGUGAUGGUGGUGGUAGUGGUGGUGGUGGUGAUGGUGAUGGCGAUGGUGAUGGCGAUGGCGUGUCCGGCAAGCCAACACGCGACAACGCGACCAGAAAAGGGCGUGGCUCCCAGCAGCGCGGGACUCUGCCUGCAGCGGCAGCUGGCAGCAUUAAAGAUAUGGUGGAUGCAGGCAAAAGAGAGAAAGACCGCGGAGUUCUCAAGAAGGCCAAGAAAGAAGGGAGAAAGAACGGAGAACGAAGCCAAGAAUGCAAGCGUGCCAAGCUGCCAACCGGAUCGAUCUGCCUGCCGAAGAUAAGCGACAAACGUCUGCGAACUGGUAACCCAAAACGCCCAGAAUGCCCAGAUCACCCAGAUCGCCACCAUCUCACCAAAAUCCCACGGCAUUUGUUUCCCACGGUACGAGGAGCAUAUCAAAAAUGGCUGGCAAGACUCGAGCCAGGAACUAUGCCUGUUGACGAUCGAAAAAGCGAACGUGUGGCUGAAGGGACUAGAACUCCAAAGCGUCGUGGCAAGAAAUUGAAGAAUGCCGUUGCGGCUGGCAAAAGGCAGAAGAUCACGAAGCCCAAAGACAAAGCCAAAGCCAAAGCUAAGGCAAGAUCCACUAACACUCCCUCUCCAGUCCACCGGGCGCGUGGCCGACAAGAACGCCGUCGCAUGCGCAGCCUGCAAGAAUCCAUCGACCACGCCUACGAAGACUACACCGAGCUUCUGGGAAUUGUUCGUGCUCGUGGCUUGGCCAAAGACCACCACCCACUUCCCGAUCCCGAAAGUUUUCAUCGCCCGAAGAGUGGACCGUGGAGGCAGAAGUAUUUGGAUCGUGUGACUGAGGCGGUUGGCUUUUUGAGGGAGGCGGUGAAGUCUCAGGAGGAGAGGAAAGGGGAGGGCGAGUCAGACUGGACAGAAUUUGUAGGAGCGCACAGGCAAAGCUGGGGCAAGAAGACUCGCAUGAACACUCUCGUGCUACCAUCGCCCCACAUCAUCUUCUGUCAUGCUAUGGAGAGCCUCCAAUGCCGUCCCUCACCGGACUUCCAUGCGGGCCAAAUGAGCGGGAAUCCUGCUUCUCCUGCUUCGGAUCCUCGGUUCCUGGUCGCCCUCUUGUAUGCUGGGCUCGUCUUGCUGGUGUUCAGAGUGUGA